AUUAUAUUAGUUCUCCUAGUUGGUUUCAACUGCAAGGGUCUUGUGGCCUAGCUCGGUCUUAUCAAUAAAAAAAAACUUUGAUUUGUAACUUGAUGUUUUACUUGUUUGUUUAAGCUGUUUUACUGUCAAAUAUAUUUCAUAACUAAAAUAAAUAAUAUUUUUUGACUCAAUUGUACCAAUUUAUAUUUUAAAAGGACGCUUUAUUUUUCUUUUGUUUUAAAAAUUAUUUGUGAACAAAAAUAUAAGAAUUAAACCAAAGCAAAGUCAGUUAAUGUAUUUGUGAUAAUCUAAACUUUAUGUUUGUUUCAAAAACUUUGACAGUUUAAAAUAUAUUUUAUAAAAAAAAAAUUAAUAUCAAGACAAUUAUUCCUAUUUACAUUAUUAUCGAGGUUUGACAAAAAGAAACCGAAAUUGGUUGAAUACUUUUCAUAACAAAAAGACGAAGUUGUCAUAAUGGGAGCUAAUGAUAACAACUUGAUGUGGGACAACAUUGUACCAACAAAAAAUGCCUCUGAAAUUCUGCGUGACAUUUCAUCUUAUUGCCUGGAUCGUAUUAUUUACAAUUAAUUUCACACAGUCAAAAGCUAUGCCAGUGCCUGAUGAUUGUGUGGGCAUAAAAAAUCAAACAUUUUACAAUAAUGCACAGACGGAACUUUCAAUUGACUACCUUGACAGUAAUUUGCGUCUUUAUAAAUUGGCCAUAAAUGCACCUGACACACUAUUUCAAGAAUGGGAUCAUAAGAUUCGAAAACUUAGUACCAUAGAUGUUAAAGCUUUAUUUAACGACGAUGCACCAGUUAUAGAAGUGUUUAAAAAAACUCUAAAUAAUAUUACGGAAGAAUUAUUUGCUAUCACAAAGGCAAUAAAUUACAUUAUCCUCAUGCAUAAUAAUACAAAUUCAAUGCAACAAACAAAACAUUAUCACAAUCUUUCAACAGAAAUUAAUGGAAAUGUCACUCUAUACUUUAAAAACAUUUUCGGAUAUGUUCGUUUAAAUAUCGAUCAUAUUGGAGAUGCAUCAAGGAUAUUGAAUUUGAAAUUAUUCAAUCCAGAUGUAAAUGAAAUUGGAUAUGAGUAUGCAAAGAGUGAUUUGCGAGUGUUGGAAGUAACCACUUUGGGACAAUUUAAUGAAAUUCUUCAAUAUAUGAAAGCAUUUUUCGAUUAUAUAGAUGAAGCUGUUUGCCCAGAUCCCCAGUAAGAAAAUUAAUAGUUAAAUUGUAUUAUGAGCUAGAGGUAUUAAUGUUCCUUGACUGAUUUUGUAUAUAGAAAGAAAAAAAAAAAAAAAAAAAACAAAAAAUUAUAUUUUUAUAUUUCUUACAAAAUGUUUUACAAUAAAAAUAAAAUAUAACUACCAUAAUUUUUGUAAUUAACAAAAAAUUAAAAUGCUUAAGUAUUUAAUUUAUUAUUUAAUCUGUGCCAAAGUAUCAUAUAAUGACAUUUUUUUUUUCAUAUAAAAAAACAAAAUUACCAGUGACAAUAUGUUUUUUUAUUCAUUUUAUAUCUUUUUAAUACAACAAAUACAAAUAUAGAUAGAUAAAUUAUUUUUUAAGAAAAAUUGUAGAUUAUUGCAUAUAUAUUUAUUUAUUUAAUUUUUAAAUAGAUUUUAAGGAAUUUCUGUUCAAAAGGUGUUAAAUUUUAAUUAAUUCUAACCAAUUUGAAUAUGAUAAAUUGAAUAUUUUGUAAUACAAAAAAUAUUACAAAAUAUUUAAGUGUUAUUAGUGAAUUUGGUUGGAAUUAUUUCAAUUUUUAACACCGUGAUCUUUAAUAAAGACAUUAACCUAUGAGACAAUUAUAUACUUAAUUUAACUGAAACAUGAUUUUAUAUACAAAAACCCUAGAUAUAGAUAAAAUUUUUAUAAAUAGUCUUAUUUAUUAUUUAAAAUUAAGAAGAAAACCUUAAGACAAAUCCAAUUUAAUUAUG